GCGAGGGGAGGGAGAGGGGAGGGACGGGCUAGGUGUCUGCUGCUCCGCGCCACUGCUGCUGGCGCUUGGUCCUCAUCCCCAGCAGCCCCCUCUGCAGCUAAGGGCUUACCACCGCAGCACCUCUUUUGCUUCGCCUGCCUCUUCGGCUCUGCGAUCUCGCGAGAGUGGCUGACUGGCUGUGGGGGUUGCGGCGGCAGCAGGCGGAGCCGGGGAGGGAAAGCAGCGGCGGCUGAGGCGACUGAGGCGGCGGGCGGAGCGGCAGGCGGCGGCGGAGCGCAGCAUCAUGGCGGACCGAGACAGCGGCAGCGAGCAGGGUGGUGCGGCGCUGGGCUCGGGCGGCUCCCUAGGGCACCCGGGCUCGGGCUCAGGCUCCGGCGGGGGCGGUGGUGGCGGCGGGGGCGGCGGCGGCAGUGGCGGCGGCGGCGGGGCCCCGGGGGGGCUGCAGCACGAGACGCAGGAGCUGGCCUCCAAGCGGGUGGACAUCCAGAACAAGCGUUUCUACCUGGACGUGAAGCAGAACGCUAAGGGCCGUUUCCUGAAGAUCGCAGAGGUGGGCGCUGGCGGCAACAAGAGCCGCCUCACCCUCUCCAUGUCUGUGGCCGUGGAGUUCCGCGACUACCUGGGCGACUUCAUCGAGCACUACGCGCAGCUGGGCCCCAGCCAGCCACCCGACCUGGCCCAGGCACAGGACGAGCCACGCCGGGCGCUCAAGAGCGAGUUCCUGGUGCGCGAAAACCGCAAGUACUACAUGGAUCUCAAGGAGAACCAGCGCGGCCGCUUCCUGCGCAUCCGCCAGACAGUCAACCGGGGGCCCGGCCUGGGCUCCACGCAGGGCCAGACCAUUGCGCUGCCCGCACAGGGUCUCAUCGAGUUCCGUGACGCUCUGGCCAAGCUCAUCGACGACUAUGGAGUGGAGGAGGAGCCGGCCGAGCUGCCCGAGGGCACCUCCUUGACUGUGGACAACAAGCGCUUCUUCUUCGAUGUGGGUUCCAACAAGUACGGCGUGUUUAUGCGAGUGAGUGAGGUGAAGCCCACCUACCGCAACUCCAUCACCGUGCCCUACAAGGUGUGGGCCAAGUUCGGACACACCUUCUGCAAGUACUCCGAGGAGAUGAAGAAGAUUCAAGAGAAACAGAGGGAGAAGCGGGCCGCUUGUGAGCAGCUCCACCAGCAGCAACAGCAGCAGCAAGAGGAGACCACCGCUGCCACCCUGCUACUGCAGGGCGAGGAAGAAGGGGAAGAAGAUUGAUCAAACUGAAUGAAACACACACACACACACACACACGCAUACACAUACGUGUACACACACACACACACAGCCACACACAGAGAAAAUAUACUGUAAAGAGAGAAAAUAAAAAGUUAAAAAAAAAAAAAAAACUCCAAGGGAGCACCACCCACAGAACCUCCACCAACUGACAGUUUCUCUUCUUGACUUGCCACCCAUCGCUGGAUGUUGUCCACUUUAUCCACCAUAUAAAACAGUAAGCAGCUGCUAAAACAAAAAACAAAAAAAUAUACAAAAAGUAAUAACAUUAUAUGAACUGUGUUUCCUACUUGAUUAAAAAAUAUAAAGAACUGAGUGUUUAUUUCCCUAAUUAACCAAGAACUUUUGUACACGUUUAAGCUAUUAUUAUUAAAAGUGUUUGCAAAAUGGUCAAGAUUAUAAUAUUGCUGAAUUAUAUAAAAAGUCCUUUUCAUGUUGAGCUAACAUUUGACUUUAGCACAAAAAAAAGAGAUAUUUUAGAACACGUAAAAUAAUAUUUUUAGUUUUUCUCAUUUUGUUACCAAAUUUCAAACCUUACAUGGAGGUUAUUAUAGUAUAUUUGACAUCCUAUAUACCUGUGAUUAGAGAUGUGUAUAUAUAUGAGGGCUAGGCAUGCUGUGUGUCUGAGCUUUGUCUAAAUGUUAUGCAGAAGUUUGUAGAGUUCAAGGUACGUAGGUUUAAUUCAUGCAAGGUAAACAAUAAGUGCUCUCUUUUAUACAAUAUGCAUUGCAUCUGGACCUUAAACAUAUAAAAUGGUCAGUGAAACUUCUGUGAACAUGAAGAAAUUAUUAAAAAAGGCAUUUAAAUGAAAUUUGCUAAGUUGUGAUUUUUAUGGUUGGAACCAAAGUUAUUCAAAUAGUAAAAGAAAAAAAGAGAAAGAAAAAGGAAAUUUCCCAUAAUAUUUUUCUGCAUCUGUUUGCUUUGACUGAGUAGAUGUUUUGUUAUUAUUGUGUAUAUGAGAUGUACUUGUAUUGUUCAUAAUAUAUAUUUUUUAUUAUGUGUAGAAAGAUUUUAAAAACCUAACUAACGUGCAGCAAUUUCCAGUGAACCUGUAUUUGGAUAUCAGGUAGUGAGUCUAUUUGUGGUCACUAGCACUGUCUCCUAAACUUGUGAGAGGUCUGAAGCUAUCCUUUGAUUUUUGCCAGUGCUAUUAACUUAUGUAGACCUGUUUAAAAGCAAAGCAACACCAUUAUAGUUAUCCUACUGAGCCAUGGAUUCUGAGUUUCAUUUCAAAAGUGAAAGCCAAGUUGGUGUAUGUAAAGGAUUUCCAUGUAGCUGUGGUGCUAGUUAUUACUGGCUACAUUAUAUGCUAAGUGUAUUUGUGUUCCCAAGUGUACACGCCUUCUGUCAAAAGUAUGUUCUAUUAUCACUCAUAUUCAAAGUGUAGGGUAUGAAAACGCAAGCUUAGGAGAGCACUUUACCAAGCUGGUGUCCUCCACUGAAAUUGUUUGUAACGAUAGUCUUUUACAGGUUUUCAUUUAAAGAUGUUUAUGUGCUUUUAAUUGACAACUAACUUCUUGCUGCUGUAUAGUAAAAUAUUAAUAUAUUUUUUAUCAUUAAACUGCUGCAUGACUAUCAUCUUUGAGUGAAGAGAAAAUGUUAUAAAAAAGAUGCCUUAAAUACAGUACAUUUUGGUUUGGAAUUCUGUAGAAAGUAUUUUGGUAAAAAAAGAAAAAAGAAAAAAAGAGGAUCUUGUAUCUUGUCUGACAGAGAGAGUUCUGGACAUGCAAUUGUUUCUUGGCAAAGCCAGCCAUCUAGCUCUACCUGCUGUAUGUAGAAGAAACCACCUGUAGGACUGGGAAGGUGUCAGCACCUCUCCCAUUGGACAGUAUCGGCCUAGGAAGGCAGAACAGUUAUCUUUUUUGAAGGAUUUUUUUUUUUUCCUGCUGGCUCUUUAGGUUUUGAUUUGAUAGUUUUAAGCUUUCUGGUUGAGUGUGUUGUCUUUGUUUUUGAGAUCUACUGUAUGUGUUGAAUAGCAAGCUAUUUUCAUUGUACUGUGCAUUUUCCCAUUGUUUGCUUUUCAUAUUCAUACAAUGUUAAAUAUGAGGUGACCGUAAAAUAGUUAGGAGUUUCUUUACUUACAAAAUCACUGGAAAUUAUUAAAUUGCUUUCCCCUCCCCCCAAGGUGCAUUUUUUAUUAUUUUCAUAUAGUAAAGUUGAGCUUUUACAGUGCAUAAUGUGACAUUUGGAAUGCUUAUCAACUGCAUGUAAACAUUAAUAACCUGCACUUUUUGUCUUAAGGUUUGUUGAGCUGUUUUGUUCACUGUACUUUAACUGUGAUAUGGAAAAGAUUGCAUUCUCUGUGCUGUUUCUAAUUAGGAAAGAGAAUUGCUUUGAUUUUGUCUCUUGUUUACUAUAGCUUCUUAAAGUUAAGCCUUGUGCUACGAGUUGUUGGAGUACUCCUAGAUCAGUGUUUUGUAGUAGCCAGCAGUCAGUAGUGCAAGUCAACAAAAACACAGCAAACUUAGGCAAAGUGUCCUUUCUUUGAGAUGCAAGUUCUUUCGUAAGGUUUUCUUUAGGGUCAGUUACCUAAAGUAAAACCUUUCUUACCUGUAGACUUCAGAUUCUGCUUGGAAUCCUACCGGAUCAAGAAGCACAUGUAUUGUGCAGUUGUCUUUACACUAUUAACAGUUAACACAAUCUUACUAGGACUUUGAAUCCAUUGUCUGAUUUAUGGUCAGUGGGUUUAAAAAGAAAUCCACAUGCAGAUCUUUUAAGACUUAAAAAGUGGUCAUAGAGAAGACUGAGUGACUGUAAAGAUGCUCUUUUUGUUUAAAGCAUCUCACUUUUCUCUCCCAUUGACCUCCUAACCUCCCCUUGCCCUUCUCCUGUUUCAUCCUUCCCCCUACAUUUCCCCUCCCAGGUGCUCGGUACUUUACCAAGGUUCUAUAUUUCAGUGUAUUAUGUUAAGAGUCUCUUCUUGUUUUUAUUUUACUAGUGGGUAGCCCCAGUUUGUGCUGAAAAAAAGGGGGGGGUAUAUUUGACCAUAUGUGUUACUCAUUGACAACAGUAUGAUCAAAUGUGCCAAAAACAAGCAAACAGAACUUAAUUCAUGACAAGUAUGCCUUAUUUUUAUUGAUCUGCUUUGUCUUACAAUUAAGGUCCAAGAGCUUGGUUAAACUAUGUUAUAUGCCUAAGUAAAAAAGAAAACUUGAAAUGCAUUGAAAUAUUGAUGUUUUUUAAAAUGAGAGACACUGUCAAGUAAUUUGAUUCAAAGAUCAGCCACCAGAUUUGGAGAGUGAGUGAGUGAGUGAGUGAGUGAGUGAGUGAGUGAGUGAGAGAGUGUGUGUGUAUGUGUGUGUAUUGGUUGUAGUGGUGGUAGUGAUGAUGGUAUUUGUGGCUUUUCCCCCCUUUUAAAUUACCAAAUCUUAUUUUAAAGCUACCUUUUAUUUGUGCCUCGUAUUUAUCAUGCUGAUGUUAGAAGCAGCAGUCAUCCAGCCACAGAGGGAGCUAAAGUUAACUAACCAGAACUGUAGAAAUCAUUCAUGCCUUUGACAACAAAGGAAGUUCAUAGGAAAGCCAUGUUGGCUUUUCCUCUACUAGACACAUGUUGGAGGUAGAUGAAUAUUUGCCAAAUGAGGGGAAAAAAAGACAAAGUAGUCAGGAAAGACAAACGGUUUUCCAGCUUCUCAAAAGCCAUGGAAAGUAGAAACCAAAACCAAUGGAAAAUUUAAAAGACCUUGAAAGUCUCACUUUCUAGUCCCAUGCAGGGGUUAAAAUUUGACUCAAAAUGAAAAGUCUAUCAAUUUUUGGUUUUAGACCCUUACAUCUAGAGAUGGUUAACUAUUCCAGUUUUUUGUUUUGUUUUGUUUUAUUUUAGGUAAUGGAGAAAGCUGCUAGUGAUUUUAACCCCUGCUGAAAGGAGACAGAUAAUUUCAUUUGGGAGCAAAUACUUAUUGCCUUGAGAAAUAGCACUGUAAUAGUUUAUGUUAAUUAGUCAUAGAAUAACCUUUAUCCCUUUCAAGCUAUGCAAAUUAUUAAAUAGGUAUAAAUUAGAAUUGAAUUAAAGAGAGUUGAUUAUAUUGCAAUCAGAUGGCAUUCACAAACUUAACUGGAGCAUAUACAAAUAAAAUCUAUUAGUUUAAGAGGUUUUUUUUAGUGCUGACAUAAAAAAUAUAAUUUAGCUACCUGUUCUAAAAUGCUGAAUACUAUUAACAUUGUAUGAUAGGUCUGGGAAGACUGCCUCCUUUUUUGAAGAGAGAGAUUAAGAAUUUUUAUAAUUGCUUUUCAUCAAAUUUUAAUAUUUUUGUCAAGUUUUUAGGUAUUUAAUUUGUAAAACAGUUUGCUUUGUACUGGCAUACAGAUAUUAGGGUAUAUUGAUUUAAAAAUUUUUGAAGCCAAGUGAUCAAGUACAUUUGUAAUAAAAGUCAAUGGAUCUCUAUCAGUUGUACUCACUGUUUUCAUUUCUUGUUCUUAUCAAUGUAGGGAUUUCUACCUUUUUCUGCAGGAAAAUGGAGCUAAAUUUGGGUGGGAGGGAGGGAAGAAUCAGGGUGGGUUUGGUGGCCCAAGCACUUCAAAGCAUCCUUAUGUGGAUUAAGAUUUAGAGUGUUGGAAAAGAUGUAAUAUUUUUAUUCCUGAUUUUUUUUUUAAUGGAACUUGAUGUUUGGAGAAAUCGUCUCAGUUUUGGUUUUGCACUUUUAACAUUUUUGUGUUUUGGCAAUAUUGAAACUUAAAACUAACAACAGUUUUCUCUGUUAACAUUUUGGGUUAAUCUGACAGUCAUGGGGAACACACCAUGGGCAUAGAAUUAUUUUUAUCUUUACAUGACUUGCCCUCUCUUCUCCAGUAUUUCCAUUAGGUUUUUUUGUUUUUGUUUUUAAUGUAAUACAUCAUACACAUUUUCAGAUGAUUUUAGAAUGGGGCUUCCCUAAAUUACUUGGGUAGCUUUCAUAGCUCCACCCUUUUUAAAACACGUAAGUGUACUUUUAAUAUUUUCUUGUCUAUAAAAACUGAGAUAGAAAAUCUAUUUUUCCUCUUUUUGUCCUUUCUUGGAUACCAGGAUGAAAUUUUGUUUAUUGUGUGAAAGAAAGCUAAGACAAGGAGAUCUUCAGCACUUUAGAGUCAAAACAGUGGGUGAGAACUCUGAGUAUAACAUUCAGAGAGAGCUCAUGAUUUGUCAUGAGAAUGGAAUAAGGGAGAGAUCUAAUUGCCUAAGCAAACUUACUAGUUUUGUAAGUUUAUUUUAAACUUUAUCAAAAAUUUUAAACAUUAAACAUAUUAAAACAUUGUUUUCUUCAUUGUAAGCCAAAAUUAGGACACUGAUAGUAACAUAUUCUAUAAAACUAAAGUGAUCAAUACUUACAGUGGCACUUAAUACAACAGCAUUAAUUACCAUAGCUCUACAGAGUUUGCAGUACAUUUUUUAAGAAAAGCUGAUUUAAAGAUUUAUGAAGCUAUUUGAUUCUAAAGUCAAACCUAAAUUUAAGGCCUAGGCCAUUUGACUUGCUCUUUUUGAGCAGAAAUUUCAUUAUUAUGGGCCAUGUAAUGAUGAUCUAAACUAGCAGUAGCAUAGUCUAAAUUAGCAUUAGAGUUUCAAGAUUAAAGAGAAGCAGAUGAAAAAUGAGAUGCAGCUGGUUCUAAGCAGCUUGUUUUCCUCCAUCUACAAACUGACGACCAAUUUCGAUGUUAAAGGGUCUAGGCAACUUGUGUCUUCAGAAAAGUUGGAUAUGAAAAAUAGCCUCUUACUGAUAUUUUUCUUGUAAGGAAUUUAUAUUCUUCCAUUUUUGCCUUCAUGUCAUGUCUCCUUCCUUCCAUCCAUCACAUUUGCUCUCUUCCCCCUCCUCCUUUUUCUUCCCUUUCUUCUGUUGUCUAGCUUUUGUGGUAAGCUGUCUUGUUGAUGUAGAAAUGUGGUGAUCUUUUGUGUAAAACAAGGCGACUUUUUACAGACCAGAAAUAUUUUAUUGUUCUUGGAAUCAUAUUUUUGUGCUUCCAUGAGUACAUACUUUGUUUUUAUUAUUAAUUUGCAUAUUAAUUAAUUUUUUAGCAUUUCAUGGGGGGUGGAGUUAAACUAAUGAGUUUUAAUUUUUUUGGUUUUGGAUUCACUUUAGUAAUCCCGAAGGCCUAUAAGGUGAAAAAUCACACUUGUGUUUUGGAAUUGUGGAAAUAUUCUUGCUGGUAUUAUAUUUUGGUCUGAGAUAUAUUAAUACAAAAGACUUCUAGGAGGAUUUAAGUGGUAGUUAAAAGUUCCAGGACAGGUGACACUCACUUGAGUAGCUCAAACAGUAAUAAUAAUCAGGUAAUAAUUUACACUGGUUGACAUUAAGUCAAACUCUUCUGAAAUGGACUGACAAUAUGCAGUGCAGUUAGUUGUUGGUAGCACUUGACCUCCAUGGCAAGUAUGUCUGACAACUUGGCUCCUUCAUUCUCCUUUAUGAUCCUGUUCAUGGCAUCUGAGCAUUCCUCCUUCAGAAAGAAGUGAAAUAAUGACUCUUUCCUUUGAACAUAGCUAAUUGAUGAUCCAGGAAGAUUUCUGUAUUUUGAUGUAAUUUGGCCUCCCUUCCCCUCUUAUGGCUAUUUCCCCCCAUAGUCUUAACUUGGCAAUUUGAAGAACAUCUAAAUGAGUACUUGUUAGGAAACCUGGGAAAUGAAGAGUGUAAGAAGCAUGUGUUUAAGUUACUGAGAACUGAGACUUACUGGUUUGGAAAUUGGAGAGCAGAAAGAAUAAAGCUGUUUGUUUGUGAAUUGGGGUGUGAGAGAUGCAGAAGAGAAUGAUUGGAAGUAAAGUAGGAGGAAUUUUUAUUGACAGUAGAAAAAAGCAUUAAGAUGAACUCUGCAUGAGAGGUGUUGACUAAGAGCAAGGAGGUUGAGCUUCACUAAAGAAGUGUCAGGGGGUCCCUUGUUGGCUAAGAGAUAACUUGGUCUGUAGCUAGUAAAGGUGAUGGAUUGAUUAAACAGAUCAGUUCUGAUGUGUAUAUAUGAUGGUUUGAGGGUUUGUCUGCUCCUCUGAACAAAUUUAAGUAACACAGUUGUGAAAUGGCAGCUUUUCUGGUCAAGGCACAUUGGUGUUGGGAACUUACUAUUUUGGGGAAAAAAAAGAUAACUGUUUACCCUUUUUAUUUACCCUUUUUAAACUGUUAGUGACAUUUAUCAUAUACUGUUUUCUUGGGCUCUUGUCACAGUGUAGGUUAUGUUUGCAUUUCAAAAUUAUCUAUAUAAUACACAAAGAUUUACACCCAAAGAUCCUCCCUUUAUAGAUACCUUUGGUCAACAUGAGUUUUUUUAGACAACAGUAAACCAGAUACAAUCACUGACUUGCUGUUUGAAGUAUCUUUUCUAUUUCCUUUACAUUUGUAGCCAUCUAACAUUGUAGAUCUUAAGAUAAUAUAUUUCCAGAAUUAGACAACAUAUCCCCUGAACUCAUGUUUUUGUUUGUUUUCCUACUGCAAAAUUGUAGACUUCCCUGUAGUGAGUGUAGACAGAAGUUAAUUAUAAUUUAAUGCAUCUCCCAGGUUCUUGUGUUCUUUGCAAGAUGAGUUGACAGUGAUUAGUAAUCUGUUCUAUAAUCCCAAGAGUGUUUUAAAUUAUUUAAGGUAAAUAUUUGUUUUCAAAGUUACAUAACUCAAAAUCACAUUGACUUUAAAUUUACAACGGGUUUAUUUUCAGUAAUUUUGACAUAUUACUUUCAAGUUUCAUUUUAAUCAGAUACUUAUACAUUCCUGUUUUAAAAUAGCCAAAAGGAAGUCUUGGCCUGUACUUGGAAGGUGUUUUUUCUUUUGUCAUGAGUCAAGUUCAUUAACAUUAGUGGGGCUAUUUUUUACAUAUCUUAUUUUACAGAGUUGACACUUAGUAUAAUUUUCACAUUUUAUCAUGUGUCUGAUUUUAAAUUAUAGUUAGCAUACUAUAGUUUAAUUUUGUGCAGAGCCUAUUCUUAAAGAGCUCUUCCCUUAGAAAUUAUUUAAAAGAAAUGAAGAACAGUGCUUUAAAUGACUGAGAUGAGUCUGAACAGUUUCCUUGAGUCUAGGCAAUGGAGAUAAAUGAUAGCCCAUUUUUAUGCUGCAUACAGUUGUUAGGGUUUAAUAAUAAUGUAGGAAAGUGCAAAAGCAGAAAAGACUGUGUAAGUGGCCUAUAAAUUUAUAGUUUUCAUUAUUGCACUAUUUAUCUUUGCACUUGGGUUUUUGGAAAUUAAAGACUAGUCACUUUCACUUUUGCUUCUAGUCUUUUCUAAUUUCUUGCAAAAUUGUUUUCAAUAUCCCACCCAAAGUUAAACUCAUAUGCAACUACAUGUGCUUUAUAAGGCCAAGAAAAUAUUUAUUGUUACCUAUAUAACAAUAAAUUUUGUUUUGAUAAAAUUUUUAAUAUAGAUCUUUAUUUGCCCAUAAAAUUCUUUAUAAAUAUGAGCUUUAUUAAACUGUUUAAGUAAAGUAAAAGCUUAGGAUAGGAAAUAUGUCUUGUGUGUAUAAAAUUGUGUCUUUGAGAUCCAACUUCCAGCCUACUAUGGCCUGGCUUUGGGGUGUUAGUAAGUUUCCAUUUAGCAAUGAUAUCUGAGUCUUACUGGGCAAGUGCUUAAGAAACUGGAAGUAAAUAGGGGGCAGUUCCCUCUUGUGUGUAGCUUUCUAUAAGGGUCAUAUAACUUCUCCUUGGUUUAUGUCACAUAUUGGUGUUUCGUGAAGUGAGUGUUCUUUUUGAAAAUUUAAGAUGGAUGCUUUCUGAGGGAUGGUAAUAGCUAAGGAUCCAGGACUGUGACUUAACCAUUGGCAGUGUUAUAGCUACCUUGAUACACUCUACUCAGAGAACAAAGAGUAUUCUUGUGAAUGUGUGUUGCUGUACUCAGAAUUGCAAAAAGGAAAAAAAAAAAAAAGGAAAGGAAACAAACUGAGUUUUCUCAAUGGAACAGAGAGAUGUAUUUUUGGCUAGAAUUGUUUUUUAUAAGUUAAUGAUCUUAUUCUCUUUUCUUUUCUUGUUGUUUUUUUACACACCUCAUACUUAAAACCAGCAAGUAAGAGGUCUCUUUUCAGAUUAUUUUGGAAGGUCUGAAUGUGUUCUGGAUGGGGUGUUGAUCGUGACGUGUUCUUCCCGUCGUGUUCUGCUGGUCACUGUGGCUCAUAGAAUUUUCAAAUUCUGUUGAAAAUUCAGUGGUGUAUUUGAAAUGAGACUAUCUUCUACAACAUGGUAUGGAUGUGUGUGGCUAGAUUCCAUGAUGUGACAUAGUUGUGGAGCCAUAGCUUUGAUUUAAUUUAAAUAGAAAGUUUAACCAUAGUCCAGAUUUUAGGUUUAUGUACAGGAAUUGUGCCAGGUACUUGUCUAAAUGUGGACCAUUUUUGGAAAUGAAAGUUAAUGAAUGUGGAUUUGACUCUAGAUAAUUCUAUACUCAAAAAUACAAGUUAAAGGCUCACAUCAUUAGAGUUACCUACAUUUGAUGGCCUUAGCUCUUUAAAUGUGGAUGGCAUUCAGCAUUAUAUCUGUGAAUUUCCUUAGGAAAAGAAAGGUUCAGUCUUUAUACCUUUUCUUGGAGGCUAAAUUUACCACAUAUGGAAGUAAGAAAAUUGUAGCAAGUGGCUUUAUUUUUUUAGUGGAGUUUAACCAGCUUAAUUAAUUCCUUUUCCUACUUUGAAUCACUUAUUUCCCAUGUAUAAAUAAAGGGAAAGAUCAGCACCCCCUCCCCCCAGGCGAUUUUUGUUGUCUGCCUCCAUUUCCCAAUCCUAUUAUACAAUGAAUUACGGGUAUCCCUCUUAAGUCCCUGUAGUGCUUUGGGGGGAGGGGGGAAGCUCACAAAUACCUUUGAAAAUCUGAUGAAAGUGAUGGACCCUCUCCCCAGGGGAAAAAUGCACAUAAUACAGAUAAGUUUGCUACAACCUCAGGGUCAUCACUUACCUUCUGAAACCCAAGUUAGAAACAGUUUUGCUCUGAGCAAACUAUAGAAAACUGUAGUACAAAUAAUUGAUAAAAUUAAGAGCUAUUGGCUUAAAACAUUUCAGAUUGGGAUUAUUAUCACAUGGUGGCCCCUACUAGUGAAAUGUGACAUUGCAGCUAGCUUUGUUAGACUUUAUAACAUCCAGAUAGAAGGGAAAGAGAAGUAAAGUUCUGAGAGCUAUUUAUAAGGAGUCAGGUCAUCUCCAGAUGUGGGAGCCAGUCCUGGUUCAAGAUAGGGGUCAAGGUGCCUGACAAGUUUAGCAGGGUAAAGUUUGAUAAACCAUGCUCAGGAUGCCAAGGGGUUAGCCAUUAUCUUAACCCCUUCCUCACCAAAAGAUUUUAGUUUUUGUCUGUUGGGAAAAAAAGAUGGCACUAGGGAAAAAUAAGUUGCCUUACAACUUUGCUGGAACACAUCAGUUUGGUGAAGUGUGGGACACUAGUAUUAUUUUUGAGAAGGUGCAUAAAACCAAAGUAAAUUAUUCUCUAUGUAGAACAUUAUUUACAAGUAACAUUUGUUUGGGUGUGUUAGCUUUGACGAUUUUUACCAGUAAAUACUGAUUUUAUUUAAAACUGGGAGUCCAGUUUACAUAUAGGAUAGUUGAUAUAUCCAUCUUUUCCCCAUGUAAAGAAUUGUCUAAAAGAUUUAUGCAUACUUUUUACUUUUCUCUCUUGAUACCAUGGGGUGGGGGUGGGGUGGACUUUGACUCAACAACUGACAAAUGUCUUCAAAUUUAAAAAUCAAGAAGCAGCACUUUAAGUCUAAUUCCACGCCAUUUUAGUGCAUGUUUUAGUUUAAUAAUGAUUUUUGGUGCAUGCCUUUGGGCUUAUUCAAAAGUGUACAAUAGAAAAGUGUAUUUCCUUUCAUAGAAAGGAGAUGUUUUUCUACUUUGCAACAUGUGAUUACAAAAAUCUUCCUCUGUGGGAAGAUUAACCAUGUAUUGAACUACUGAAAAGUAUAUAUUUUUAGAUAUACAGAAGGAAUCUACACGGGGCAGCAUUCAGACCUAUAUAGAAGUCAUAAAAAUUCUGUAUAGGACCAAAAGGAAGUAACAUAAAACACUUAAACAGACUAUGUUGGGUAGAAAUACCUUUCGAUCUUGCAUUGACUUCCAAAAUGAAAAUGCCACAGAAGUUUGCUGAAACUUUUGUUUGAAUUUUCUCUGUCAGUGUAUUUAGCCCAAAUGCAACAGCUUUGGGUUAGCACAAUGUAAGAAUCAAAACACAAAAUUCAGUCUGGUUUGCCAAUCCAGCCUGAUUGAAAUAAGUAACCAAUCACUUGCAAACUGAAAAACUGUCCAACUCCUCUAAGGUUUUGACAAAAUAACCUUGGCUGAUGUGGGAACAUUCCCACUUUGAUUUCUGACCUGACAGCGAAGAUUCAUGUUUGACAUGAUUUCAAACCUGACAGUGUCUGUUUAAGGAGCCAUGGUACAGUUUGCUAAUUCAAUCCCAGAUACCUGUUGAUUACCUGUAAGAUCUAGAGUUCAACGUAGCCAGCAGCCGUAUCCCUGAGUGCUCUGUGCCCAUCAGAUAACAUGAAGUAAGCAGAGUUGGGACAAGCCACAGCUUUGAGUAUUGACCUCAGAGCAGAGCCCCAGAUUCAAGAUUUGUAUCUGCUUUCUUGGGAGUCACUGAACUGAUGUCCCACACUGCGUUACUUACUGUAGAUGCUCUCCAAGAGGAGGCCCAGAGCACACAUCCGAAUUGCUUGUGGUACUCAGAGAGGGGGUGCUAACUCUGAUGCCCUGGCCAAAUUCCAGUUUAGGGAUGUGGGUCUUCUUGUCAUUCUAGUUGGAAAUGUGCAUCACUUUCCAUUUUUCCUGUUGCUCUCAGUGCAAACUACACAAGUCUGUUCCUUUGCUCCAAUCCCAAGUCUCCAAGAUACUGGUAUCACACGGGCCAGGUUCAUGCCUUAUCUUGAUACACAAGAGUUGGAGAAUGGGAGCUUGGCAUCAGGAUGCCUUACACUGGGAGGGUAGACUCUUGUGAGGCUUGGGGAUGGAACCUGCCCUCUUUCCGCAUAUGUUAGGGAGCGUGCACUGGUUGGGAGCUUCCAACCAUAAGGUGUGAGAUGAAACCAAUUUCCCCUCUUUUCUUAUAACAUGAUGAGAAAGUCUUUUGGGUUUUCGGUAGUUGGGGAAGGCCGGAGUUCUGCAGCUUUAAUCUGGGUAACUAAGGCUGGUAUAAUCUGGGUAACUAAGGCUGGUUUGAGCAAGACUUUGGUAAAUUAACUGGGUUCUCAGAUGCCACAGACUCCGAGAGAAGUCACCAUUAUUUUUAGUGGCCGUGAUGGAGUCCCCCUGUAGCCAUUACUUUAAGAUUACAUGCAGAGUUGCUUUAUUUUGAGCUUUUUGUGUACACACAAUCCCAAACUGGAAAAACUUAAAAAGGAAUCCUGCUGUGAAAGGUAUAUAUUACUCUAGAUUUUUCUUACUGUAAAUAUUGUAAGAUUGUAAUACUGUCAAUAUUUUAUUAACCAACAAAUGUUAAUCUAUGUGAAAUCAGACUUAUUUUAAAUGUGCUUCUUAUUUACUGUGUGUGGUCCCUGUUGCUGACAGUAUUAAGUUAUAUUCUGAUGUAAGAUUAACUUUAUUAAAGAAUGUAAACAUUAAUGUUUCCUUAUGGGAAAACAAAUAAAGUAUAAAGAAGACAAUUCUUUUUAUUGAAAUAUACUGUGUAUUUACACUUGCUAGACCCAGCACCACUUAUAAACUUAGUCCACUGUCCAGUUUCAGUUAACACAGCUGACACGGUUGUGCUCCACUUGAAAGUUUAAGCCUUGGUAUUGUUGGAAUAUAAACAGUUUGUAUUUGUCUGCUGUGAAUCACCUUGAAAUUUCUAAUCAAGUUUGUAAAAUUUUUAUAGUAAAACAUUUUAAUGACAAUUUAAAAAUUAUCUUCUCUAAAGAAUGGUCAAAACAAUGUCCUUUCAGAAAUAGAGCUGCUCUUUACUGUCUUUCCAAAUGAUGUUGGUUAAAUGGACCAGGUGUAUAUUAGUUAAAGUCUAGGGCUAAGUUCUUGAUAUUCUUUGAGUUUACAAGUUAAUCCUUAUUGGAGUUGUGCCAAUAUACAAUAGAAUAUCAUUAAUUUGCACUGUUUGGGGACCCCAUUUAAGAAUGCUGAAUUUUUGCCAACUAAAAAGUAAGCAAAUGCAAUUUAAAAAGUAAAUUUGAGCAUUCUGUGUUAAAUAUGUGCAGUUAUUAUCAUAUGAAGAAGCGCAGUGUGUUGGGCUGUAAUAUAACCAUAUUUGCUGUCAUGUUCUCCCAUCUCAGUGCUGGGAACUCACCAUGUGGAAACCAAGCAACCGUGUUGUGCAUCAGCCGGCUUGAGUUUGUUCAAUAUCAAAGCUGAAGCUAGCGAGGUCUGCUGUACUGCUUAUUGAAGUAUUGUGAUUCUUUUAGGCAUUGGUUCUUACAAAAUAUAUACUGUAACAGUAUACUUUGUACAGAUUUAAAUUUUAUUUGAAAAAAUGAAAUAAAGUAGGCAAAAAAUAAAGAUGUUUAUUUUUCAUGUGACUACAUAAACAGAU